AUGGCUCCAUCACUCGGCUCUUCUGUCGCUGUAGCCUUGAGCUAUUUUCUGGGCUGCGGCACGCCGCUUCACAGUGUAUGGGCAGCAGAAGUCGAUGCCAAAUGGUAUGCUCCUAGCAAGAAUCAAGUCAACGAUUUAGAGACAGUACCUACCGCAACUGGCGUGUAUGGCUUCAUAUUCAACUCCUCCCAGACCCCAGACAAUGAUUACGGAGUUUACAAUUGGUGCAAUAUGCCUCAUGUUCGCCGCACAGAGUAUGUGAGGCCAAGCGCAGAGUAUGAGCUGAAAUAUGUCGAGCUGAUCCAUCGCCACCAUAAGCGUACGCCGUAUUCAUCUAAUGCUUUCCCUGAGGAGUCAUACCACUGGAAUUGUGAUGAUUCCAUGCUCCAUUACUACGGACAGCCCGUCUCUGGCCUGAAUGCCGACAGGAUUUACCAGCAGGGUUAUAUAUCUUCCGUCAAUCCUUUCGUACCGUCAGGAUGGAUUGGUACCUGCAAGUUCCCUCAAAUCACCGCGGAAGGUCUUGUGGACUCAUGGCAGCAUGGAGCUGACUUGUACGCUGUUUAUCACGAUCUUCUUGGAUUUCUACCACCCAGAGGCUCUUCCAGUCUUCCGCCAUCUGUCAAAUACCGCGUCACCAACAAUCUCAUUACUAGUCAGGUUGUUGGUAUGGUGAUCAAUGCGAUGUGGCACAUUACUGAGCCUGUACCAAUCCUAGUGCAGGCCCAGGGUAUCGACAGCUUGGAGCCGCAGUAUCAGUGCAAAGCUACGAGCGAUUUGUUCAGCACUAUCCAAUCCAAGUCCAAUCCAAAGUGGCGUCAGCACUUGGAUCUCAGCGCAGAUCUCUUUCGUACUCUCGACGGCAUUUCUGGUGUUCCGCCCUCGGAUGGCGACUUCCACAAGUCCUUUGACGCCUACUAUGACAACUUGUCCGCUCGCCAGUGCCAUGCAAAGCCCCUACCGUGCAAAAUCCUGAAUGGCCGCAAUAACACAGACUGUGUGUCUCAGCAGCUCGCAGAUGCAGUCUAUCGUUGGGGCAAUUGGGAGUACAGUCAGAUAUACCGUGACAACUACUCGUCUCUUGACGCAAGCUCUGGAUCCUUUGGCGUAUGGAUCGCGGAACUGGCAGCGAACAUUCGCGAUGUGAUCGCAGCGACCGCUUCAUCCUACUGUUAUCAGCUAGCGACCGCAGCCGUUUCAUGGCCGUCACAAUGUGGCGGCAAUGGACUUUCUGCAAAUUACUACGUGCGCGUGCUUUUUGGAGGGCAGAUCAUGCGUUCAUCUACACCUGCACUCGGAUUCAUGGAUAUGAUCCCGAUUGAACAGCUGCUAUCAUAUUUUGAAGGCUUGAUCGGUCGAAAUGCCAGCAAGAUCAAGGCCAAAUGCAGCGGCAACUAG